AUGUCAUUCUUUCUGCUGAUGAAGCCCGCUGUGGCACGGUAUCACCACCGCGUUAUUCCCGCCGUUCCUCUGCUGCAGCAGCUCCGCGGUGUGUGCUACACGCCGAUUGCCCGCUUCGACAUCAAGCAGUACGAGAAGGAAAAGCGUCGGCGGCGCGAGUUGGAGAAGGCCGGCAUCGACGCCGACGCCGAUGAUGACGAGCCGUGGAUUGCACCAGAGGAGCAGCAGCGGAUCGAUGAGGAGGAGGAGCUCCGGCGUGCGGAGGAGGCAGAGCGUGUGAAGGAGAUGUUGAGGCGACGCGACCAGGAGGACGCUGAAAAGCGCAAGAAAUUCAAGGAGUUUCGUGCCCGGCAACUUGCGAUGAGUCGCAACCGCAAGGAGGCACAGGCUGCGGCAAAGCGGCAUGAGAGAAGUGAGAGUCGAGUCGUGGAGGAGCUCAUCGACGACACGGAGGCGGACGCCAAGGGGCAAGAACCCGACGAACAUCCGAGGGGAGGGGAGCAGGCACGCUGA